AUGGCCGAGCGUAUCCAGGUCGGCGUCCGGUGUCGACCGCCUGCCGGCAACAACGCGCUGUACGACGCCUCGUAUGCGCUGGCGCUCGAGCCACAUGCGAUCCACAUCGUGCCCGCCCACAGCCGCCACGUCGGCCAGCGGUCGUUUGCGUUCGACCAUGUCUGGGCGCCGGAGACAUCCCAGGCGCAGGUCUACGACCACGCAGUUGCGCCGCUCGUCGGUCAUUUGCUCGCGGGGCGGUCCGGCGCCGUGCUCGCGUACGGCCAAACCGGCACGGGCAAGUCGUAUACGAUGGGCUUUCUCGAGGCGUCGUCGGCGCCAGAGCUCGGCAUCAUUCCCCGCGUCUUUGAGCACCUCUUUGAUGCGCUUGCGCCGACAACGCACCGCGUGCACAUGUCGUUUUGCCAGAUUUAUAUGGAGACCGUCCAUGAUCUGCUCGUCCCGCUGUCGUCGUCGUUGGUAGAUUUGCCCGUGCGCGAGCGGGACAGUGCGUUCUAUGUCGAUGGCUUGGAAGCCCACGCCGUCACGUCGCUGCAGAACGCCCGCAGCCUCGUGCACUUGGCGAUGGCCAAUCGUGCGCUUGCGGCGACGGCGCGCAAUGCCACGUCCUCGCGUAGUCAUUCGCUACUGACGAUCUCCGUGUCGACGACCACGUCGACGGCGCAGCUCGUCCUCGUCGACCUCGCCGGCUCGGAGCGCAGUCUUCCAAGCCUUGGCUUUGCUCCGGAUGCGACCAAAGCCCGGCUACUCGAAGCAAAGAGCAUCAAUUCGUCGCUCUCGGCGCUUGGCAACGUCAUGUCGUCACUGGCGAGCGCCACGCGGGCGUCGUACCGUGACUCGAAGCUGACCAAGCUGCUCAAAGGCGUGCUGCGCGCAGGAAGCACGUUGGUUCUGGCGACAGUCGACGGCGCAGCAGCCAACCUCGCCGAGACGCUCUCAACGCUCAAGUUUGCGUCGCGCUGUCGCCACGUGACCUUGCCAAAGCGCUCGAGCGGUGCAAUAAGUAGCGCGCAUAAGAACGCAGCGGGGCAGACUGUCGCCACGCAGACCGAGGCGCCGACCGACGUCGAUGUCCUCCGCGACGCCUUUCAGAAGAAAGAAAUCGAGCUCCAUAUGCUGUACCAGGAGCAGCUGUACAAGCUCCGAAGAGCACUCGAGCGGCUUAGUGCACGACCGGACGACAAGGUGUGGUCGAUCUUGGGCGAACGUUCGAGUAUCUUGACACGUCACGACGACGACGACGAUGCCCUUUCCGUCUCUACCGAGGACGGCGACGAAGCGUUCAACCAAGUUGAGCUGUAG